CGAGGACCAAAAUAAACUGGUUUCGGUAACCGACGCGAUGUGCUGUGUUUUCCUUGUAUAGAGCUAAACUUGGAAGUUAAAAUACGAAGGACAGAGCAGUGAACUACUAAGGAAGUGCAUAUCAGUCCUAUUGAAGUUAACGCCAUAGAAACGGUGACCAGUAAUAUAUCAUAGAAUAAUUUUGAAAUAUUUCUACGAACUUGAAGUUAGGACCGAUAAACGUUCUUUAUUAUCGUUAAAUGUAAGUUGAUUUCUUUGUCACGGUCGCGAGGAGUGUGUUUGCUAACAUGAAACUGUUGAUUAUACGUUCCAAUUUAACUAACCAAAUACUACUGCUCUGAGGGACAAACAUGUCGCAACUCGAAGUAUGGACAAGACGGAGUAAAAGUCGUAGCAGAAGUAACAUCUCCGAAUCGAGUCUUACAAAUAUACCAGAAUACGAUGGAUACCUCAUAUCUCUCCAAGACAAGCUGCUUUCUGAAUGUUUUAAUCUGACGACGAUUGCUGAGUGGGAUAAAGCUCGCGUUCUGGAGGUUGGGUGUGGCUGUGGGGACACGACUCGACAACUAGUUGAUCGGUUACCUAUUAUCCGUGAUAUUCUCGGGGUAGAUUCAGAUGUGGAUGCUAUCGAUUACGCCUUCUCAAUUCACGCUGAUGAAAAACUCGACUUUGCCAACGUGAAAAUUGACGACAUUAGUACAUUUGACUUGAAAUGGGGCAGCAAAUUUGAUUGGAUGUUUUCAACUCACGCUCUACUGUGGGCACGUGAACAGUCAACAGUUCUUAGGAACUUAAUGUGGUGUCUGAAACCUGGAGGUAGAUGUUUUAUUGCUGUUCCAGCAGGAAAACCUCCAGAUCUUCAUGCAGCUCUAGUAAAAGUAUUCAAAUCUUCUUCUUGGAGCAAGUAUUUUGUGAUGGUUUCAGAUCUGGUUGUGGAUUUGAUAGACGAUAAUUGUAACUGUCUCUGGUUUCAUCACCCACAUGCUGACCGAGUUUAUUCUGCUCUCUUGGAUCAAGCAGGCUAUCAAGUGUUGAAAACAAAACUUGUUGAUUUCUGCUACACCUUUACCGACGACGACGAGUAUAAAGAAUGUGUUAAGUCUCUUUUUAAACAACUGAUUCAAGUCAUACCGGAAGGAAAACAACACGUGUUCACCAAAGAAAUGUUGAAAGUAGCCCUAAAGAACGUGAAGAGGGGAAAAGAUGGCAAUGUGAUCUGGAAUAUUAAUUAUGCUGUAGUUGUUGCUAAGAGACCAGAACUUUGAAAAGGAUAAUGUAACGCGUUGAAUACCGCCCAUUUUAUUGCGAUCCUAUAACCAUGAAACAACGUUCGUACAAAAUACUUGACCAUUUCAAGGAUCGAAAAGGCGUGAAAUAAUAAUAAAAACGAAAUCAUUUGUACAAGAAAAACAAAACAAAAACGUCAUAACUACGUAGCUUCAAUACCCCGAAUGUAGGGUAUAGUAACAGUAUGGUAUAGUAUUAGUAACAAAAACUGUGGAAAAGGGACACAAAUUUUCCUUGCUUGCCGUGGAAAUACACAAAUAUAAAUUAGGUAUUAAAACACGUAUUUAUAAAAAUUUAAAAGAAUUUUAUAUGUGCAGAAAUUUGCCUUACUACACGUAGAUAUUAAUAUGUAAGUUAUUGUCAUAAAUUGCAGUCUCAAUUCUUAUGAAACUGAUGUACACAGACGUAAUUCACAUUUUACUUAACUUGAGGCUUUGAAUUGUAAACCUAAUCUACAUGUAAUCAACUGGUUAGUUUUCGAUUUUUUUAGUACUUAUUUGUAUUGAGUGAUAUUUGAUAUCAUUGUUUUGUACUUGUAUA